UGUACUCUGCGUCCAACCUUCUAGUGCUAUUAAAUGACUGGAUUCUGCGAAAGGAGCUGCAGCAGAGCCUGCCUGUGUCGCUGCCCCAGCAGAAGCUGCUGACCUGGCUGAGCGUGCUAGAAUGCGUGGAGGUCUUUGCAGAGAUGGGGACAGCCAGGGUGUGGGGGGAGAUGGGCCGAUGGACCAUCAUUGUCCUCAUCCAGCUGGCUAAAGCCAUCCUUCGUCUCUUGCUCCUGCUGUGGUACAAAGCUGGCAUCCAGACAUCUCCUCCCAUCGUGCCACUAAACAGGGAGCAGCAGCAGCCUCUCCACCCGCAAGACACAGAAGACAACUCCUCAGGGAAGGAUCAGACCUAUGUUGGCAAGCGUUCCAGCCGUGUUGUGCGCUCUCUCCAGAGCACCCCGUCCCUGCAGUCCCGGCACUGGGGUUCCCCCCAGCAGAGGGAGGAGUCGCAGAGCCGAAGAGCAGAGGAGGUGAACCAGCCUCCCACCCCUCUGGGUCUCCAAGAAACCAUCGCAGAAUCCAUCUACAUUACCCGCCCUCUGCUCCACCUAUUGAGUUUAGGAGUUUGGGGCCAAAGGUCAUGGAAACCCUGGCUCCUCUCAGCAGUGCUGGACAUCUCAAGUCUGAGCUUGCUGAGUGAUCUGAAAGACCUGAACAGGCGAGAGCGAGCGGAGCUGAGGCGACGGACCAUCCUACUGCUGUACUACCUGCUGAGAUCUCCUUUCUAUGACCGAUAUUCAGAGGACAGGAUCCUCCUCCUUCUGCGCUUGUUGGCUGAUUACGUGCCUGGAGUUGGCUUUGUCACACGGCCACUGAUGGAUUACUUGCCUGCUUGGCAGAAAAUCUAUUUCUAUAACUGGGGCUGAUGAGAAGAAGAUGAUUAUUCUCUGCUAAGAUCAUGGCUGGACAUUUCUAAGGAGGGCAAGCAGUCCAGGGGAGGGAUGUUGAUAAUGUCUGAUUUUCAGUUAAAUCCUCAAUGAGAAGUUCCCGUCCUGCAGGGUGGGGAGGGAGGCCGUAUGUAAUUUUUUUUAACAGAUCUAGCUGUGAAUGAUGGACACUACAUGCGUGGAGGGACCCUGGCUGCCUCUUUCUCCGCAGCUGCAGCAAUGGUGAUGGGACAACCUCUUUUUUUCAAGCAUUUGAUUUUUUUCCCCUUUUGUAUGGCUGCACUAUAACGAAGCGGGGCAGCAUAGUGUUUUUUGGAGA